AAAAAUGCAAUCUGCUGAAUUGGCUAUACGUACAAAUACUUAUUCACUUAGAGCGCGUAAACAAAUAUCAUUUGAUCGAGAUUAUUCUCCACCUGAACAACCUCCAAAAAAACGUCCUAAGGUUCAAACAACACCAAAGAAAGUAGCAGUAACAAAGAGAGUUCCAGUAUCAAAUGUUGCAAAAUUUGCGACUCCGGCAUUUGAAGACGCUUACUUUAUUGCUUUGAAAUCAGGAAAAUCUGCUAAUUCACUUGUCGAGAAAUGGAUGCGUGAAUAUGAGAAUUCUCCUGACCAAGCAAUCGCUCAGUUUUUGCAGACUAUUGUCGCAUCAUGUGGCUGUUCUGCUAAAUUAGAUGUAAACAUGGUGCAUAACAUGGAUAUGAAUCUCAUUGUUACUCGAAUUAGUGAAUAUUUUGACGAGGAGUCCUGUGACUAUCCAUUAAUGAUGACCUCUCCGCAGUGGAAGCGCUUCCGAAGUAAUCUUGGAGACUUUGUUACAUUAUUUGUUUGUCGUUGUAAAAAUAAUAUUCUCUUUGAUGUUACUCUUAUGGAUAGUCUUAUUCAAUUACUCGCUAGUCUUUCUUCGAAUGCUAUUCGUGCCUUCAGACACACUGCUACCUUUGUUGCAAUGAAGCUUUCUAGCGCCAUUGUAGAUGUUGUUGUUGAUCUGGAAAGUCUCCGCGAAAAGAACUCUAUGCAGGUGGAAACGGAAAAAUCAAAAUUAUCACAGACUGGAGCAAAUGAGCGCAUGGAGUUAUUGUUACAGGCUCGAGCAGAUUUUGAUUCAAAAAUUGAAGAAUUAUCUGCAAUGACACAGUACUUGUUUCGUUCAGUUUUUGCACUGCGAUAUAGGGAUAUCGUUCCAGAUAUUCGUAUUAUUUGUCUUAUCGAGCUUGGUAAUUGGAUGCAGGCCCAUCCUGCUUUAUUUUUGAAUGAUAGCUACCUUAAAUAUUACGGAUGGUGUAUGUCUGACAAGGUUUCAGAAGUGCGAUUAUGCUGUCUUAAUACAUUGUUGCCUUUGUACGAGAAUGUGGAGGUGAUUGGGCGAUUAGAGCUUUUUACAAAUAAAUUCAUUAAUCGUCUUGUCAGUAUGGUGAGAGAUACUGAAAUUGAAGCUGCUACAAAAGCUUGCCAGCUUUUAACAUUAAUUUAUCGUGUGUUUCCUGGAAUUUUCACGCAGCAAAACUGUGCUCUAGUUUAUGAAAUGGUAUUUUGUAAUAAUCGGCAAUUAGCCGUUUCUGCUGCUGGUUUUGUUAAUGAAAAGCUUUUUGCUCCGUCUCAUUCAUCAAGUGAUAUGGAGUUGGAAUGGCAUUCACAACAAUUUGAACUUAUUAAGCAACUUGUGACAUUUUACAAGGAUGGUGGAGUUCAUACACAUCCUGCUUAUUUGGUUGAUUCUUUUAUCGAUAUUUGUCCCAUGUUGCGUGAUUGGGGUUCGAUGGUCGGCAUUCUACUUGAUAAUGAAACUUAUAAUGACGAUGGUCGUUUAAUCGCAAUAAUGAGUACGGCUGUGAGACAAGCUGCUACCGGUGAACAUCCACCUAACCGAAUUGUAGUUUCAAUUCGAAGAGGACCUGGUGCUGGAACAGAGAAGAAAGAUCUUCGGCUCUUGCAGGAAGAACGUAUUCGAAUUUCUGAAGUGUUUAUUCCCACUCUUCCUCGUUUAUUGUCAAAGUUUAUUGCUGACGAAGAAAAGGGCCUUAAUGAAUUUAUGCAACAUAUUGGACGAAUAGUUGAACAAUAUUCAAGUGAUGAUGUUUUGAAGAAAGUGUCUGAAAUCUUCCAAUUCAUCUCAAAGAAUACGGCAAUAGCUCAAUUUACUGAAACAACUCGUGUUCGUAUCAUUGAUGGAGUUGCCAAUCAAUUACGAUUGCAAAUUCAACAACACAUUCAGCAAUACAACAAUGUCGAACGACGAGACAGCAACGAGCAGGAACGCGAAGAGGAAGAAGCAUCUCUGUUAUCAAACUAUCGGCGUAUGGUUGCAUUUACAGCAUCAAUUGACAUUCCAGCAAAAUGGGAUUUGUUUGAUUUGACUUUUUCACUACUUAAUGGACCAUUAUUGAAGCCUGACUUGUCGGAUAAGGCCAUCUUGCUUUGUUAUCAGUCACUAAUGUGGGAUGCGAAAAAACUUGCCACAAACACUGUAGAAUUGAAGGAGAAUUAUAUCGAAUUUAUACGCAAGAGAAGGGAUCAAUUUAUUAGGGGUGCAUCAUUAAUUCUGAGGGAUCAAGUUUACGGUGUUAUUAAUGCUUUCUCAUGUCUUUGUGACGUUCUGUUAAUGUACAACUGGAAAAUGGCGUGUGAAUAUGAACCCGAGCAUCCUGCACAUUCGUUGGCCAUUAAGCUUGAUAAAGAAACAAUCAUUCGCCUCUCUUCUUUUGUUUUAGACAAUGUUUUUUAUGGGCGCGAAGAUACUAUGGAUGAAGGUAAUUUACAAAUUCUUGCGUUGUCACAACGACGUAAAAUCCUUGCUCAUUAUGUCAAAUUAAUUACUUAUGGUCUCAUUCCAAUUAUUGAAAUUUCACCACUUAUUCGCAACUUUAUUAAGUAUUAUACUGACUUUGGUGAUAUUUUCAAACAUCUCUUGUCAAAAUGUCGAGAAUUAGAUAAGGUGAUGACUGCAAAAGCUAUUGUCCACUCCUUGGCUUAUUUGUUUGACGAAUUUAAGGAAGCCUUUGAACAAGAUGCUAACGACUUUCAAUCGCUGAGAGAAUUAGGCAAGAAGUUAGCACUCUCAUUUGGCGUUGACAAUAUCAAAAAUCGUGAAGCUCUUGCAACAAUUCAUCAUGACGGAAUCAAAUAUGCGCUUAAACUGGAUGUACGAAAACCAAAAAAUGCUCAAGAGCGGUUUGAGAAUUUUGCCUUCUUCGAGAUCUUACAAGAAUUUUCACCAAAACUUCAUCGGCAGGACAAAUUAGCUGUGCUUAAAUAUUUGGACAAAAAUUGCAAGCAAGAUGAUCAAAUUAAUGAAGAUGAUGAUAACUGGAAAACUUUCCUUCUCUACAGAAACUCACUGGCCAAGACUGAGUAA